AUGAUCAUUCGAGAACUCAAGAUCGAGGUGGCUUUGACAUAUGAGAACUCGUCUACAUUUAACUUGGAUCAUUCCUCCUCGGCCGUCUCAUUAACUCUUGCCAAGAAGAGAGAGAAAGCCAUGAUGACGGUUGUUCUGCCUUUCCUGCUUGCCUUGUGGUUGGCCUCCACUGCCUAUUCUGCCGAUUCUUCUCCCGCGAACACUGCUACGAAGGAAUACCCCCUUCACUAUUCCAGAGGUUCUGGAUGGAUCAAGCACAAUGUUGCGGAUCGUCAAGAUCGCGAAUUGCAGGGAUCUGCCAACUUUCAAGCAAUAUAUUUGGCCCGAUUCCAGCUGUUCUUGGACAGCCUCUGUACGGCACCCAACCCAAUCAUUGAACUCUAUUGCUUUGGCUCCAUGUUCACCAUGUCCAUAUCCAAUGCUGCCAUUCAGUGUACUCCAGCAACUGACGGAAACUGGACUGGAAUGCAGUGUACCAAUGAAUGUGGUGGUAUGGGACAACCGUCAUGUGAUACCAUCUUUUUGGAACAAAGCAGUCUUGGCAGUGGCCAGUUUGGAGAAAUCGUAUUUCAGUGUCUUGGAAAGGAUCCUGAAGGUGUUGAUGCCUACAUGAAUUAUGUUGGGGGCAAUCCAGGAUCUUGUACUGCUGCCAUGGGUAACACGACCAACAACUUUCAUGUUGCCCAGUUGGGAGUAUUCUGCCGUAGUAUUUCUCAUGGCACUGGUGCUUAUGCUUUUGAUGACAAGGAUUUUGAAUGUGGUUUGGAAAACAGACCUGCCAAAUUUGACGGAGCUUACACUUGUUUGGAUGGAACCAACUGCAAUGGAGAUGCUUGCGCUCUGACUUUUGCGGACCUUGUUGUCUAUGCAGAUCAUCAUAAUUUCUACGAUUGCAUUCAGAAUUUGACUGAUGUACCUGUCCCUGACGAACCAACCAAAGAGGAACUCAUAGCCCAUGUAUUGCCAGGGGAAUAUUCUGCCAUCUUCCAAGCCAACUGGGAACUCAAAUUGGAUACCACUGUCUGUGGUGGUGAUUAUGCCAUGAAGCGCCUUUCGUGUCCAAAUGGUCGGGUUUCUUUGGUGGACACCUUGGCUGACAAUGUCAAUUGCACCAUUGUUAGUGAUACAGAAAUAGAAUGCCAGGACACCUCUGCGACGAACUUUGUCAAUGAGUUUAGUGGAGCCGUUUUUCAAUGUGAUACCACCAAUGCCAUCCCAGAGGCUUUGGUGGAAUACACAUCGGCUGAUUCCAUUUGCAGAACCACAGAAGAUCAAUAUGUGUCUCAUCUCCUUCAAUUGGGAGUCCAAUGUGAGAAUGCUGUCAAUGGAACCUUUUUAUCAUAUUCUGACUACCUGUUUGAGUGUGGAGACAACAAUUCAUAUGCAGUCCUGGCGGGAGAACAAUACACUUGCUUGGUCGAGAAUCAUUAUGGACCAGAUGGUGGCAUUCCCUCGGGUGAAGUGAGGGCACUCCCAUUGGUGUCAGUCCAUACAGAUUUCCGUUGGAGCGAAGGAGCCCACGAUUCUUGCUUCAUCUUUGACCCUUCUGGUACCAGUCUUGGCGAUCCCACUGCAGCUCCGGUUCCAUGCGAAGGUGGGAGUAUCGUUGGACUUGGAAUUGGGUUUGGGUUUGAUGACUGUACGGACCCACCAACCCAUUCACCAUCCAGCCUGCCAACACUGGACCCAACAGCGCAAACCUCCUCCAGCACUGCUCCACUGCCAACUGCCACCUAUCAACCGACGUCAAAACCAACAACCAGUCCCACUCAACAGCCUACAGCAAACCCAACUACACAUCCUACUGUACAGCCCACUCAACAUCCGACACGGAAUCCAACUAGACAACCAACUCGGCAGCCCACACAAAAUCCAACUAGACAGCCCACUCGACAGCCCACUCGACAGCCCACUCGGCAGCCCACACAAAAUCCAACUCGACAACCAACUCGACAGCCUACACGGAAUCCAACUAGACUACCAACUCGACAGCCAACACAAAAUCCAACACGACAGCCAACACGAAAUCCAACCAGACAACCAACUCGACAGCCAACACGAAAUCCAACCAAACAACCAACUCCCAGGCCUACUGACAUACCGGAGAUUGAGCUAUUUGGCAGAGCCUACAGUGUUGCCACUACAGCCAGCAUUGAUCGGUCAAGUGAAGGUCUCACUGGAACCAUUCCUGCUGAAAUUGGAUUGUUGACUGCGCUGACUUAUUUGGACUUGAGUGACAACAAUUUGAGUGGAGUCAUUCCAGCCGAGCUCGGUUCAUUGUCACAUUUGCAGAAUCUGGAGCUGCAUGACAACCGGUUGUCAGGAAGUGUGCCUAGCAGUCUAUGUUCCAACCCAGGCAUAGCUUGGAUCUUUGUGGAUUGUGCUCCAGAUCCAUUUCCUGUGGAAUGCACAUGCAAUGACUAUUUAUGUAACUGUUUCUAG